GCACCAGGGUGAGAGGCAGCGGGUUCGGGAGAACGCGCAGCCGCAAAAGGGCAGGGUGGGAAGGCUGUUAGUUCGGAGCUCUUUCAAGGGGUGGUCUGUCAGUUUACCGGAUGACCGCGUGAGCGCGCUGCCGCGCAAGACCAACCCUCUAUUCGCGCUACAUCCGGCGAACGUGACUGAUCGUGCUCGAUUCUCGCGAUUCCGUUGCAAAACAUUCGCUUUCUCGCUCGAUCGAUCUCGCGAUUUUUUUUCGUUACCAUUAUUUCCCUCGCUUCAAAUCCCUCUUCGAUCUCCGUAAUCCGUAAUUUUCAAUCCGCUAAUGUGCUAUAAUCCACGGGUUGGAAAGUCACCACCACCUAUCGACCGCCGUCACUGACCGGUUCGUUUCUCGCACUUUUGCUCUUUUUUCCCCCAUACCGACCGUCUUCACCUUGGAUCCUCGGAUACGUUCUCACGCCUCUCCUCAUCUCUACGCUAUUCUGCGCAAUUUUCGUGCCCGUAAACCCUUCGAAGCAAAAGGAAGAAGAAAAAAAACGGACAUUUACAUAAGUGCAGCUGUCUGUGACAAUCGAAUGAUAAGUUAAUCGAGGAGGAAGAGAAGAAAAGAGAAGAGGAGGGCAAGGAAGAAGAAGAAGGGGACGAGAGUUACAGUUACGAGGAGGGAGGGAGAAGGAGGGAGAAGUGAUUCCUUUCCUCGCGUAGAAUGAGUGUGUAGUGUAUUCUUGGUGGAUGGUAUCUGGCAAGGAUCGGUAGCUGGUUCGUGAUGGGGGUGGGAAACAGUUUAUCAGACGUGGCCACUACAAGUAGUCCACCAGAAAGAUAAUGCAGAUAAAUGUUUCCGGAGGGAAGAGCGGACAAGUAACACAGGAUUACAUAUUGUCAGAUUCGUUCCCGAAUAUGCGUCACUCCUGAUCCGAAGCCGGGCCCGUUCAACAAUGGAUUCAACGACACACUCUUACCGUACACGGAUAAGAAAGAAUUGGACGAGAAAUUGAAACGGUGGUCUACCCGAUUCUCAAGCGAUUCCCUUCUACCUAUCCAAACCUUCCCCACUCGCCAAGAAGUUUCUUCUUUCUUGAAAAAAAAAAAAUCGCUGCGCCGCCAGAAGAAAUCGGUUUUGGAACGUUUCUUGCCUCGGUAAGAACUUCGCUUGCGCAAAAGGAGGAAAGAAAAAGAGAGGAAAAGAGAAGGAAAAAAAGAGGAAGAAAGAUGGAAGCGAGGCGAGAAGCGUGGAAGGGACGAUCGUGGCGCCACCAUCAGCAGCGACAUCACCAUCAACGGUAUCGUGAGCAACCACGGCGCGACCAAUCACAACACAAGCAGCAACAGCAGUUGGCUAGGAAACGGAAACACGUGGGACAGCGUUCGAGCAACGUUAAAGGAACAACGUGCCUCGAAUGGUAACCGAGCGGAGGGGGGAAGGGGAGGAGGCGGAUGAUCCAUUCCGCGUCGAUGAACGUAAGAACGAACGGUGGCCGAAAGGUUCGUUGAGGGAGGGAUCGAUAUUAUCGGUGUUAUCAGCAGAUACGACAAGAGAGAGAGAAUGAGAUCGUCCGAUCACGCCUUCCUAACACGCUCGGUCGCGGUUCUGUCACUCACUCGUAUAUGUAAUAAGAAGGGACGCUUGGAGAAGGAUGGGGCAAAGCGGGGGGCGGAGUGAAACGGAACGGCGUAUCCGUCGCGUCGAUUAUUCGUUGGCAACGGUCAAUUAAACGGUCGCGAUUAAAUUUAAGGAGAAGGAGAAGGAGGAGGAGAAGGAGAAGGGGAAGAAGGAGUCGGUCGAGCGGCUUUCGAUGCUGCGAGAGAAGGAUAGAAUGAUAUACGAGUCCGAGAUCGCGAGAUUGGCCGCCGUUCGAGUAAUCGGUUACAACGUUAAUAAAGCGAAUUAAGGGAAAAGUGUCGAUCGAAAGAUAGAGCGUCGCGCUUCCCUGACCGAGAAGAAAGGAGGAAGAAAGGAGGAAGGAAGGAAGGAAUACUCGAGAAAGUGUUUCGAGGUGGAUAAAGAGGGGGGAGGAUGGCCACGGUUCGAGGGGGGACCGUCCAACGGCGAUACUUGCCCGGCCUUUUAACGGCCGCUUACCUCUGCGCCUUCGUUUUCUGGCUCGAUGGAAUGUUGGACUGUGCCGGUCAAAGGCCGAUAAAUCUGGGCGGCGCGAGGAAACGAGACGUUUACAUCGCCGGAUUCUUCCCUUUCGGCCAUCACGUGCCCGAGAGCCACAUCGGCCGUGGCGUCAUGCCCUCGGUCAAGCUCGCCGUCGAUCAUAUCAACGAGGAUCGGAUCGUCCUCAGGAACUAUCGGCUGCACAUGUGGUGGAACGACACGGAGUGCAACGCCGCCGUUGGCGUGAAGGCAUUCUUCGAUAUGAUGCACAGCGGGCCGCACAAAGUGAUGCUAUUCGGCGCAGCUUGCACGCACGUCACUGAUCCCAUCGCUAAAGCGUCGAAGCAUUGGCGUCUCACGCAGCUUAGCUACGCGGACACACACCCGAUGUUUACAAGCGAUAGCUUCCCAAAUUUCUUUAGGGUGGUGCCUUCUGAGAACGCGUUCAACGCUCCCCGCGUGGCGCUUUUAUUGCACUUCAAUUGGACUCGCGUCGGAACCAUUUAUCAAAACGAGCCGCGAUACGCUCUGGCACAUAAUCGAUUGGUCGCCGAUCUCGAUAGCAAUAGCAUGGAAGUGGUAGAGACGCAAAGCUUCGCCACCGAGGUGACCACAGCGCUGGAAAAAUUAAAGGAGAAGGACGUUAGAAUAAUUUUGGGCAACUUUAACGAAACAUGGGCCAGGCGGAUAUUCUGCGAGGCGCACAAAUUCGAUAUGUUCGGGAGAAAAUAUCAAUGGGUGAUCAUGGGUACUUACACGGAAGAAUGGUGGCUCCAUCCCGACGAGGAAUGCAAUUCCGCUGAUUUGGUGGAGGCAUUGCACGGUGCCAUAUUGACAGACUUGUUGCCAAUCACAACGGAGAAGAGGAAGACUAUAGCUGGAAUAACGACCGAACAAUACCGGGUCGAGUAUGACUCGAGACGAGGCAAAGAGUAUUCGAGAUUUCACGGAUAUUCGUACGACGGUAUAUGGGCAGUGGCUCUAGCUAUACAACGCGUCGCGAGCAGGAUAACACACUACCGUCGCAAUCAGACCAUGUCAGAUUUCAGAUACAGAGACGAGCUUUGGGAGAAGCUUUUUCUCGAAGCUCUGAGAAACACAAGCUUCGAAGGUGUCACGGGUCCUGUGCGUUUCUAUGAUAACGAAAGGAAAGCGUAUAUUCUUUUGAAACAGUUUCAAGGCGACAGAGAGGUAAAAGUCGGUGAGUACGACGGCGUGACAGACAUUUUAGAUUUGAACAAGGGCGAGCCUUUAAUCUGGAAGGGAAAAUCACCGCCCAAAGAUCGAACUCUUCACAUCAUCGAGCAUUCGACCGUAAAUAUUACGAUCUAUGCUGUGCUCACUUCCGCGGCCAGCGUGGGCAUCACCAUGGCGGCUAUUUUUCUCGUCAUCAAUAUCAAGUACAGAAAUCAAAGAUACAUAAAAAUGUCAUCGCCGCAUUUAAACAACCUCAUUAUCGUCGGAUGCAUGCUGACCUACAGCAGUGUAAUUUUCCUUGGGUUAGAUUCGCAGCUGUCCAGUGAAACGGCAUUUCCCUACAUUUGCACCGCCAGAGCAUGGCUAUUGAUGGCUGGUUUCUCCUUGGCUUUUGGUUCCAUGUUCUCGAAAACAUGGCGAGUACACUCGAUAUUUACCGACGUUAAAUUGAACAAGAAGGUGAUAAAAGAUUACCAAUUGUUCAUGGUGGUCGGUGUAUUAUUGUUUAUUGAUUUGGGUAUUAUGACGACCUGGCAGGUUGCGGAUCCAUUUUACCGGGAAACGAAACAAAUGGAACCUUAUCCUCAUCCUUCCAGCGAAGAUAUCAUCAUAAUACCGGAAAACGAGUACUGUCAAAGUAACCGAAUGACCAUUUAUUUAGGGUGUAUAUACGCAUAUAAAGGUCUUUUAAUGAUAUUCGGCGCCUUUUUGGCAUGGGAAACAAGGCAUGUUAGCAUUCCGGCGUUAAACGAUAGCAAAUACGUCGGAAUGAGCGUAUAUAACGUUGUGAUCAUGUGUGUUACCGGAGCUGCUAUUAGCUUCGUAUUGGCUGACAAACAAGACGCCAUGUUUAUUAUGUUGGCGAUAUUUAUAAUAUUCUGCAGCACCGCCACCUUGUGCUUGGUUUUCGUACCAAAGCUGAUAGAAUUGCGAAGAAAUCCCCAAGGUACGAUAGACAAACGAAUUAGAGCAACGCUUAGGCCAGUGUCGAAAACGCGAAGGGACUCGAGCGUUAGCGAAUUGGAGGAACGUCUAAAGGAAGCUACGUUAGCGAAUCAAAAAUUUCGUAAACAAUUAUUGGAAAAAGAUUCGGAACUUCAGAUGUUUCUACGGAGGCUCGAUGAUCAAACCACAUCGAAUACACAGGAAGCAAUGGAUAGGUUAACAGUUCCGAGGCAGGAAGCAACAAUGGUGAAAAAAGAAGGUUUGUCCCUUGCGACAGAGACAACGGACAUUUCCAUAUCAAUGUGCAGCCUGAAUUCAACUACCAUCUCUCAACCAGAAGGCGUCGAUUAUGCGAGCACAAUCGCGACCGAACAACCGAUUAGCAAGAAAAAGACGUCGUUCUCGAAAUUACCGGCGAUCGCGAUCGACAGCGAACGAACACCUCUGGUCCCACAAACCCAAGAAACCACGAAAGGAACCGCUGAUUUUUCGUCCUCGCCUCUGCCUUCGGUUUUGAAACACACGACAGACGAUUCCGGCCAUAGAAGAAGUCGUUCCUCCAUACUUGGAAAAGAGAGUGAACCUCUUCUUGCCGAGAGAAGUCCGGACUCGCGAUCGGACACCGGUAAAACGAACGUUGAAUUCAUACCGGAGAUCGUCGAGGAGGGUGACGCCAUCAUCCUCGAAGAGACCGAAAUUCCCAGGCAUGGAAAGUUGAUCAGAAGCAAAGACGAUCGUAGAUCCAGGCUCCCGACACCUCCGCCGACAAAGAACGUCUCAUUCGGUGAACUUCAUGAACAGAACUACCUCGAACAAGCGAUUCUACCACCUCCCUCGCAAUUCGUUCCCAAGCAUCGACAUUCCGUUUCGGCGACAAAUGCAUCCGCUCAUCAAUCAUUAAAGAGAAGAUCGUCGGUGAAGAGCAACGGAAUGGCUCAUUCCCAUCACGAGUUGUUUCAAACUCGGAGAACCAGCGUACCAGUCAAUUGCAUCAGUUAUAUUUCGACCGAGAACGUCUCCAAAUCAGAGGCCACCGAGUUCUCUCUUAACUCUGGUUUUGAUAAGUCUUAUAUAAUUGGUGAAUGCGGCCAUCGACGAGCAUUAUUCUCAGGUACUGGAUACCGUUGUGAGAAACACGGUGGACGAGGACAUCGCGCUAUAUUGAAUGGUUCGGCGGAAACUCCGCCUCCUCCACGGAGACAUAAAAAACAUUACGAUUCUCAAAAUGCGAGUUCUCCGAGUGUACCUGCGAUGGUUAAUGCAAGUUAUUCAGAUACCGAGAAAUACGAGGAAUCAAUGUCGACGAUUAUUCAACGAUCGGUGUCUGAAAGGUCGCGAGAAAAGUGUCCUCGGCUUCGAAGUGAAGGACACGCGAUGAUCGAAUGUCCUCAUCGUGCCACACGUCGGAUACGAGAGUGUAGACAUACCGAGUCUAAACUCCGACAACAGGCUCGUUUGGAAUACGUGCAAAGCACACCAAAUGUUGCCACUAUACACAAUAAUAAAUUCGCAAGCGCGAAUCCACGUGGUGGUGGUGGCGGCACUGGGCCAAGUAGCGGCGGUGUGGCAGGAAGUGCGAAUGGCCCGGGAACAGCCAGCUCAGUGACCGGCAGUAGUUCAGACGUUGUUGGUGGUUCCGCGGCAAAUGUUUCUAAAAUGUAUAGCGCCGUGUCGGACGGCGAAUUACUCGAUCUAGCGAUAUUGCCGAUCUUUCAAAAACUACUCACCGAGAGGCACAAAAGUUCCUCGAGGGCCGGCUACGGCGCCAGCGUAGCCAGCUGCCCGAAUAUAUCUAUCAAAUGUGACAUCGUUGAAUACCUUUAACGAUCUUCCAACGAUUAAUUUCAAUUUUCAUCUGGCGAUCUCGUUCUAUCUCUUUCUUUGAACACUCCUCUCCCAUCCUUCCCUUACAUUUCUUUCUCUCUCUUUCUCUUUCUCUCUCCCUCUUUACGGCCUUCAAGCGCGACAUCUAUCGUGAAACGUGUUCGCCAAUGUAUCGGCCGAGACAAAUGAUAUUUUACAAGAGCAAUCACCGUUCCUUUCUCGAGCCUGCCUAUCUUUGCGAUACUCUCGCGAAAGAACGUUGGAAGAAGCAGCAGCAGCAGCGCUGCUCUUUCGAUAUAUGUAAAUGUAUGUACAUUUCCGUGUCCAUAAGUCACCGAAUACUUAAAAUUAGUACGAUUUAGGAUAGGAAUGAAAUGAACGUUGUAAUUGCAGAAUGAAGUUGACAAUUUAUUAAUCGUUUAUUGUAAGAGAAAAGUAAAUUAUAAUUAUUACAUUUGAAAGAUGUUAUAAAUCUAUAUUUUAAUAAACGUUAUGUUUAGAUUUAGCAAGUGUCCGCUGGACUUAUGGACGGAGAAGGAGACGUUAUCAACGAGAUUAAACGAGAGGAUACCGGCCUCUGUUCGACGCUCGAGAAUAGAAUCUCUUUUAACUCCUCGGUUUAACCAAUCAAAAAUAGCCGUUCGCGGCAUUCUAGGAAAACGUUCUAUUAGCAGAAUUCUACGGCGUCUGUGCUCACUUUAACACACUUUUCUCUUCCAAUUUUUAUGAUUUUUCGUUUCCCCAUCUCGAUUCUCGGUCUCGAUGAUGAAAAGUCGUAUAAACGUUAACACGAACACGACACGCUUUCGCGUCCGUGAAAGAAAGAUUGACAUAAUCGCGAUGACUCAUCAUUCUGGAACGUGGAAUCUCGGUUUUUUAUAAGAAAUUAUUCAAAAAAAAAAGCAAGUUUGUUAUACACAUGUUUGUCAUAACAAAAAAAAAAAAAAA